AUGAGGAGAAACAGUGCGGGUUGGUCGCGGGCGAUGGGGUGCGAGGGAGGAACAUCUCCCUUUCCACUUUCCAUUUCAACUACCCUGACAUCCACGCCUACUAAUUCGAUGAGUAACAGUACGCCGACACGGCAUGGAUUCGCAGACGGAUAUCUGGAGUUUUGUAUGAUGCUGCUGCGGAAUGUGUAUAGAGAGUGCAAGAUUGAAGAGUUUGGGGAACAGGGGUUUUGCAGUUUGACCCUGUUGGUUACUCACGUUACUUGUUUGCGUGAUGGUGGGUUGAUGUCCGAAGAGGGUGGUCCAGGUUCUGGAGACGGGUUGGAAGGAAGCGGAUGCAAGGAGCUUGUUGUUCAGCUUCGACCAGGGCAACAUGCCCUUGAUCUCGAGAUUGCACGUGCGGCGUGUACUACCUAUCGGUGUUUGGCACCGAAGAUACGAUAUCUGGAUUUGAAGUUGCCUGGCGGUCUGCAUGCGUACGAAAUGCAAAGGCUGCGUGGCACGCCGUUGAGCCGACUACGACCUCGCUGCCGCACCUUGGAUUCGGAUGCAAGCAAAAAGCUUCAAAGACUUAUCGCUGACUUUGCUAGUAUCAUAGCGCAAAGUUGGUCGACAUCGUCCAAGGAGGCGACACUGUCUAGAAACGCUCGCGCUGACUCUCCAAUGAACGAUGCCACGGACAUGCUACCAUCAUGUACAGGCAGAGUAGGCUCCAGCAUCAUCAACCGACUUCGAAAGCUGGCUUCAGAGCUACCCGACUGGCCACUUCGAAACAGAGCACAGGCAACGUUGAAAGCGGUUUGCGGCAUGGUCGGCUAUCCAGUUGUGCUCAACCACGGAGAUUUGAUACCAUCUAACAUCCUUGUGGACGAAGAUACUUGGAGAAUCACCGGACUAGUGGAUUGGGCUGAAGCGGAGAUGCUACCAUUUGGUACAUGUCUCUAUGGAUUGGAGUAUCUGCUCGGCUUCAUGGACAAUCCCCUCUCAGAUGGCUGUCUACAGCCCGGCGGACACGCAGUCUUCAGGUACUUCGACAUUGCAGCUGAGCUGAGAGAACUCUUCUGGAUGCGUUUGCUGGAUGCUGUGCCUGAGCUGGACGGUCGAUUAAGAGACGUCAAGGUGAUGAGAGAUCUGGGUGUCUUGCUUUGGCGUGGUUUCGCCUGGGAUGAAGGUGCCAUUGACCGGGUGGUCAAUGAGGUGGAUGAUGCUGAGGAGUUGGUGUAUUUGCGCACAUUUUUGAACACAUCCUAA